GCGGUUGUGCUACAGGAACCAACACACGCACGAAUCAUACGAUCACCAAGAAUCCAAAAACAAAAACCACGCAAACCGCUUCAUCGCAUGCGGUGUGGUAGACAUCGCCUCCCCACCCUCGCCCCUCUCUUCUGCUCCUCCACGCUCAGCACUGUUGCUCGCGGGACACGCCAUCUGCCUUCUCUGACGUCGUUGCCGAGCAGCAGCGACGAUGCCCUCGGCCCCCCCAACUCCGCCGUCGCACACCCACACGGUCCCACUGACCGACUUGGGGUCGCCUCGUCUUGUCAUGCGGCAGCCACGGACGGUGCGCUUCGCCGGCCGCUGCGGAGUGCAACGUUGCCGGAGGUGCGACUGGCGCCCGCCGCCGCCGCCUUGCUUGAGGGACGCUCGCGUGAUAGCGUAGUGCGGCAGGACAUGUGUGCGUCCGACUUGUUGUAUUUUAUGAACGCCGAGGUGCACGCAGCGCAGCAGCGAACACGUGCUCCAAGGGGUGCCGAUGAAGAUGAAGCUUCAUCCGAUAGGGCAGACGCCGUUGAAAGUCGUCGAACAAAACUGUCGACGUCUGAAGCUGUUGAUGCUGCUGCCGCCUUUUUGGACUCUCGGGAGCAGCAGCUUGCCGACUUUAUGGUGGGCCGCCUUCCCCAGGAGCACGUGAAAAAUGCAAGACGGCGGAGUGGGGGCUCUGCAGUGCGGGAUUCUCAUAGCGUACACAACGUUACUACCUCCUCUCUCUAUCGCCAACAGCAAAAACUGUUUGCACUGCGCCGCCGCCUCGCGUAUAUGCUGGCCGAUGACUACACCGAACUGCGCCAUACGCCCUCUGAGAGGAACAACGAAGGAGCCGAGAGACCCCAUUCUUCACUUAGUGCAGUGGGGCGUCGAGCUGCAUUGGCCUUGUCGCUGGCACAGGACAUCCUCCACACCUCAGAGGCCUAUCACCGCGAACUGCAGAGCGCAGGUGAUGGAGGAGGCGGGGGAAAGGGACGGGGCGACUCGACGGAGGAGCCACAUGCAGGACGGCGGGUAAGCUGGGAAGAGGGCAGCGGUGCGGAGGAAGAAGCGCUUGCUGUCGCCACGUGUUCCAGUUGUAGCGACUGUCGUCACCUUUACCACCCCGAACGGUGCGCGUUUGUCUACCGCAGUCUCGCCCAGCCGGUGGAGCUGACGGGGGGCGAAAUGGAUGCGCUGCUUGCGUGGUGCGGCGAGCACGUGUGCGCCUACGCGGGCGCCGUGCGUGAGGUUGUUCAACAAGACGGCCUCUGUGGUGGCUGCGAAAGCGGUGCUUUGAGCAGCGAUGCGAACCGUGCUCCGAAUGGCGAUGUCAACUUGGGGACACCAAGACACGGGCAGCGUACAGACGGGACCUGUCCGCCACCGACACUGCAGAUGGCCGGCCGGCAAACAGCUGCUCGCGUUAUUAGCAAAGGCGAGGCGACUACGAAGUGGGCUGAUUUGAAGAUCAACGCGCCUUCGAGCGGCAGGUGCAGUCACGCAGGGCCACUUUCGCCGGAGGUGUGCGAGAGCGUGAUCGCGGCGGUCACCGCCUUGCUGGAGCUCGCCGGAGUGUUUGCACAGAUGGUGGCGAAACUCGUGCUGUCAAGCAACACCGGCGUUGUCGAAGCUUCACACGAUUUACCGUUUUACAGCGAGACUAGGGAGGAAGGUCAGCAAUGUGAGUCAUGUGAUCUGGAGACGCUGCGUCGCGGCCAGAUUGUGCGCCACGUCGUCGACGCUGUGUGCGACGCACUCCAUCUUCUUCGCCGGUCCCCUGUACUGGGCGACUACGUGUGCCAUGAAAAGAAUGCGGCGCCUGACUCUGUUGUAUCCAAUCUUAAAAAGCGGCACGCAGCGACGAGCACCUCAGCAGCUACUUCCUCCACAACUUUCCGCGCGUCCGAUCCGUCGACGGCACGCGUGGGGGCGAGCUUUCAUCACUUGUGCUUUACGGAUGCUUUUAUGAGGCAUGUGCUGUGCUGCAUGUGCGAGUCGUGGCCGCAGGCGCUGCAGCUAACGAGUCAGAUGCAUGACUGGAAUGUGGCGUUGCAGGAAGCACUGGAGUUGCCCUUCACUUCCACACCGAUCGGAGAAGGCACAGCGUCGGCGAAAGCAAGCAACGACGCCAAAAGGGGAACGGAGGCUGCUACCCCGUUUCACAACGCCGACGCAACGGGGGAGCCUUUGUGCACGCUGCCUUUUGAAACACUUCUCACGCUCUUGUACAUCCUUGCCCAGCAUGGACGUCUGGCCGAAGUGUUCGACUUGUGCCAGCGCUGCCUGGCGAUGUCCGCGGCGCAUCUCCUGACUCCGUCUCCUAGAAAAGUCAACGCAACGAGCCGAUUCUCUACCGCCUGCGACGUCACUGCUCUCCCGGUACCCGCGCCCCCGCUGCGGUUCAUUGUGCAUCUCGCCGCGGCGAAUGCAGAUCCUGGCACGGCGGCGCGUAUUUUCUCCUCUAUCGAGACCACCACCACCACUACAAGUCCUGGCGACGCCUCGACCUUCGAAGGUCCCGCCGCAUGCUUCACCCAAGCGACUUGUUUGGAAGAAGUCGUGUGUGCAGGAGCGAUGCCGCAGCGAGUGUUGAGUGUCACCGAGUACGCCAUGCUGCUGCGUCGCAUCAUCGGCGAACGCCUACCGCAACACCGCAGUAGCACCAAUGGCGGCAACGACAGCUGUUACGGCACUGCAGAAAAGGAUGCGAAGAGGUCGAAGACACACCGCAGCGGCAGUGUCGGUUGGUGGCUCUCGCCUUCUCAGGUAUGGCGGUUUGGUGCCAGCUGCCCCCACCGCGUACGCACCACGCUGUGUCUCAUGGGCUUCCAGGUGAGCGCGCGCCAUGGCUUUGCGGCAACGCUCAGCAUGGAAGACUUGUACGUGGUGCUGAGUAUUAGCCGCCAGCUGAUCAUGCGACACAAAAGAGAAGCGGCGGAGCUGCUGGAUGUACUUGGAAAGGCAGAGGAAAACAACACUGCGGCACUGGAGUGGAAUACCGGCGAAGGCGCGACUGGCGCGGGCGCUUUCAUCAUCGCCGUUUCGGCGCAGCGGCGACGCGAGCAGCGCUGGACCAGCUGGGGUGUAGAGGAGUGCAUGCCCUCUUUCCACGAUGCGGUUCCGCAGCAGCCUCAGCUAAGGCAGCCUUCUUCCGUGCCGAAACAAGGUGAGCCAAUGUCCGCAUCCUCUUCUUCAUCUUUCAGUAAUACUGCCGUCGAGGAGAAGACGCGAUGGCGGUUGCUCCUCCUCGCACGCCGAGUGGCAGCGCCGUACAGCACACGUUACAUGGAGUGCUUGUGCGCUGCCUUUGCCGCUGCCCAACGAGGCACGCUGCCUUUGUCAAGCAGUCAUCGUACCUCGCAAGAGCGUUCAACUUCAUUUUCUACCGCCUCUGCUGCCUCUGCUGACUCCGCCACCACCGGCAGCGCCGUCUUGCUUUCCCUUGUCUCGAAGGAAAUGCUCCACCUCCUGCAGAUCCUACGGUACACUCGACAGGUUGGCAGUUAUUGGGAGACCGCGCUGCGCACCGUGGCGGCGCCGCUGCAGGCCUGCGCGGCGGAACACAACAUCGCGGCGACACUCCGCCCGACGUUGUUGCACAGCACCGACUCUACGGACAGGGAGCUGCGUACCGCGGAGCAGGUUGUGGAGGAGGUGGCCUAUGCCCUCGCCCAAGCGGCGGAGUCGACCCUAACGGAAAGCUUCGCCUCGACGCAGCGGCUUGUGGCGCCACUGCCCUCCCUCGCCCCGUACUUGUCCGCCUACGCCGUCGGGGCCCUCGUGCAGCGUCCGUUCCGGCGUGCCCUUACGUGGGAGCAGUGUCUGGCGCUGCUGCCCUACACCCCGCUCGGCUCGCGCAGUCAGCUGUGGCUGCUGCGACGGGUGGCGCAGGACGGUGAGGGUCGCCGACGGGCGCUUUCGGCUCCGGUGCCUAUUACGUUUGCAUCUUCGCCCACCCGGCCAGAAAGACGGAAGCGCCCGUACCACACUUUGCCGCCACAACUACCCCCCUUGUCGUCUCCGCUGACGUUCCCACAGACCGCCGUGCAGACGGCGCAGCGGCUGAUCGAGAUGCAGCACAACACACGACGUCUGCAGAGCCGUUUACACCUUCGCGAGAGCAUCAGCACAAGACGCAGCGCCGGCGAAACAGAGGCUCCAUGCUCCUCUUUUCCUGCACCACCGUCCGUCGUUGCCGCCACGAUGACAACGCCUCCGCCGAACACGACGGCCACCGCCGAUGGGAGCACGGACGCCGAUGCAGCCCUCCUCACGCUUCUUUUGGAAAGCCACUGGAGCCGUGCGUUGCGCAUCUUCGAGCACGCCUCCUCGCGGGUGCAGGCCGCCGGAGCCCCGCACGUGGUCCGCCUCCUCAUCAGCGCAGACGUCUGGCGUGACAUCGCCGACACCCAGCGCCGUCCGUUGGUCCGUCUCGCCGUGCAGAGCUCUGCCCAUUCCAGUAGCAGUGGGGCUUCCGCGUUGCUGGAGGAGGUGCUGCAAACUUCGCUGGAGCACGGCCUGUGGCACACCGGACUGUACUUUCAUCAGUGCGUGGCGGCGGAGCAGCCGGAGUUGGUGCGUCAGUGUCGGCGUGCGCAGGUCUACGCGGCGCAGCUCUGCCGCGGGCUGCUGGAACGGACGUCGAUGAUGCGGGCGGUGGCGCAGUUGACCAUGGCGGCCCGUCAGGGUCAAUGGGCCGAGGCCGCUGCGUGCUUCAUGCGCUACGCAACUGGGCGGGAUACGUCACUGUAUGCCACGGGUGUGUCCUCUGACGAAGCGGACACGGCGGACGCGCCGCCGCGUUCUUCACCAGCUGCAGAAGCUUUCCAUCAGGACGUGGGUUUCCGGAAGUCUUCCACUUCCGUUCCAUCCACCAGCGCGGAGGAACUUCGCGUACUGACUGCGGUGAUGAACGGGGAGGGCCGCCGUCGCAGCAGCAGCAUCAGCAGGCGCGUUGCUGGAGAGGACGCGGGAGUCGCAGCCCCUCACGCCCUCUCUUCACCACCGUUCCAUUCGUCUUCUCUCUCCUCCGCCGCCACUGCCUCAAGGGCGUUUUCCUUUUUCGCCGAGAGCGGUGGCGCGGUGCCCGCUGAACUGGCGCACGUGGCGCAGACUGUUCGCUACGCCAUGCUCCGCACACCCGCCCUUUGGAUGCACGCCCUGCGGUGGUUGCCGGUCUCCACGCUGCCGCUGCCCUUCAGUCAUGAGGUGGCGAUCCACGCCUUAUGCGCCGAUAACCCCGCGAAGUUGCGUGCCCUACUGCCCGAGCGGGCGAUGGUGGACACUGCAGGCAAUGCGAUCAAAGGAAAAGGUAUCGCGGCGGGAUCUACGCCGAGUUCAGUGCCAUCGGCAGUCGUGUCGACGGCCACGGCUACUGCGCUUUCCAUUGUCGCGGAGGCCCGCCGUGCACACCGCCCGCAGCACCCGAAUGAGGUGGCCAAGAACAAGCAGGCUGCAGUGGCGAACGCACUGCGCGUGUUGCAGCGCGCCGGGGCCUGGGAGGAGGCCACACUGCUCUACGACAAAGCCGUCGCGUCGAACUGCAUGCCCUACGGCGCGUCCACCGCCGUGUUGGCCGCCGCGGCCAUCGGUGGUGCGCCGUGGCAGGUAACGCUGCUUUACUUUUUCGACAUGGCUCAGCGCCUCCGCCCGAGCGUGGCGGCCACCGCUGUCGCGCUGCAGGCGUGUGCGGAGGGCGGUCAGUGGGCGUUAGCCUUUCGGGUACUGCAGCAGAGUGUGCUGACGCAAGCCGCGCCGGUGCCUCGUCUUGUGGAGCUGGCGGUGACCACCGCCCUGCACUGUGGGGUGUGGGCGCGUGCCUUGGCGGCGGCGCAGCAGUACCGCCGCACCCGCGAUCCGCGGCUGGCGCACACCAUCCUCCUCACCUUUGUCCGCACCCAACACUGGGAUGACGCGGUGAAGUACUUCUACGACUACACCCGCCGCGGACUGCGGCCGCUGGAUGCGUCGCUGGAGCUGGCCAUAAUCGCCAGCGAGGCCGCCAGUGCAGAGUACCGCAAGACGGCGCUGCUCGUCGGCACAAUUGCGUCCGCGCUGGAGGACUUGUUUAAGCUGAGCGGUGCCGUGCUGGAACACAUUCUGUUUGUGCAGCGCCACGUGCGGGAUGCGUCAUCUGCCGGCAGCCACCGCAAAAGUAGUGAGGACGAUGGCGGUGUUGCCUUGUACGACUCUCCUGAAGUUGACGAGGUGUUCGUGUCGCGUGCCUCGUGUACCGAGACGCAGCUUCGUCACAGCCGGUCUGAACAAGGUGUGCCAUCACCACCGGUGACGGUACCGUGUACCGAAACCGCUCCUUCCACCACCUGUUCUCCUCAUAAGAGAGAGUAA